CACAGCCCUACUAAAUCCUGCUUCCCUCACCAGCAUUUAACAACGCUGUACACGCACAGUACUCCGUACACAACGUCCACAUAUUUCGUCCGACUUGAUAUAAGGAAAAUCGACUUCUUCGAUCAGCUUUUGAAACUAAAUAAUACUUCAAGGCGGAAUAGUCAACCUUGCCAUAGCCAAUGCAUACUGUCAAAAUGUUAGUGGAAAUCAGACGUAUGACCAAAGAAGAUAUCCCUGGCGCAAUCGAAUGUGUCCAGACAGGCUUUGCUGAUGACCCCUAUUUUAACUGGGUAUUUGAUGUAUCAAAGUUUUCAAAAGACAGAAAUGAUGUUUCUCUAACAAAUCGAUGCCUAUGGGGGAUCAAAAAUGGUCUUUUCUACGUAGCGAGAGAAGUCCCGUCGGCCAGUGACAUGCCUGAUGACCAAAAGGGACUUCAAGAGCCUCAUGAACGAACGAGCCUUUUACGAGACAAAUCGUCCUCAGCAUCCCCUGCCCGCGUCGUCGGCGUUGCCAUGUGGCUAUUACCCCAGCCGCGAUCGAAACCAGACAGCUGGUUUACAUACUUUCAAACAUGGCUCCUGAGCUUCCGUCAACUCCUGACCAACAUCCGCUUUAUGGGUCGCGGAGGCCUGCGUGUACAACGAUACAGGAUUUGGAAAGAGGCACAGGCAAAUGUCCAGGAUGAACUCUGGACAGAUGAGAGAGGGUAUUACUUUUGUAAUGUGGUUGCCGUUCGACCAGAAGUGCAUGGUAAGGGUAUCGGAAGACAACUCGUCAACAUCGUGACCCAGCAGGCAGACGAAGAGGGAAUAAAUUGCUACCUGGAGAGUUCAAAACAGGUCCCAAAUAUCCAGAUCUACGAAAGAUUCGGCUUUAAGCUGAUCAGGGACAUGGUUUGUGAUGAUAACGGGGAGACUUGCAAGGUGAGUACCUUUUCCAUUGAUCAAUCGAUACUUCAUCGAUUAUCGGUGAAAUGCUGACCGGUCAUUGUCCAGUUGUAUUGCAUGAUCCGAGAGCCGAAAUCCCAGAGCUAAAUAGACGCGUUUAAACUAGUGAGAUUGGGAGAUUCUAGGAGAAACCGAGGAGUGCUGAGUAGCCAUUCCCCCCCUUCCCCUUUGUUUUCGUUUUGAUAUCACAUCAUACUUUGCUUGUCGCGAAACAAAUUGCCAAUGGCGCCUUUUUCCUUGUUUUCUCUUACAGAGCGUUCAAGAGAGCGAACCAGGUCGAGAUGUUGGGUUGAAGCCAGUUAUCGACAAAGAUAUACGCAGUAGUAGAUCAGCGAAAUAAUGCAAGCAACGGGCGGAACUGCCUACCUACUAUGACAAAAUGCUCCGUAUGUGCAUCUGUUACCCCCUUGUAUAUAAUUUUCUGUACACGCCUGAAUAUCAUCCCAAACAGGACUUGAACACUUUAUCAAAUCUAUCGACCGGCAUAUAUCUGCCCAUCGGCCGCCCAACAUCAUCUGAGAUCGUUGUACCGAUCCUUGCUUACGUUCGCCUAUCAGCGUGGCCGCGAAAGCCACGAAUCCCUGACGAA